AUGGCGGCACUUCGAGAAAACUGGUGGAUCCCAAAGUUACGCGAGAAAGUGAAAAAGGUCAUCAACAAGUGUAACGUCUGCAAAUUAUAUUCAGCAAAACCAUUCGAAGCCCCAGUGACAGCGAAAAUGCCAAAUUUCAGAACAGAGGGAAGUCGACCGUUUGAGGUGACGGGUGUAGACUUUGCGGGGCAUUUGCAUUACAAAGUAACUAAGAAAGAAGACGGUAAAUGUUACAUCAUAAUGUUUACCUGCGCUGCCUCAAGGGCAGUUCAUUUAGAGGUCUCGAAAACCCAAACCGCAGAAGAAUUUCAAAGAAAACUGAAUGCUUUCAUUACUCGUAGAACAAGGCCACGUACCAUGAUAUCAGAUGAUGCUCAAACCUUUAAAGUUACGGCUGAAUGGGUGAAGAUGCUGAGGAAGAGUGAACGGAUGCAGAACUUUCUUGCGAACGAAGAAAUUGAUUGGAAAUUCAAUCUUGCAAAAUCUCCGUGGUGGGGAGGUUUCUAUGAGAGAUUAAUCAAAGAGGUUAAAAAAACCUUGUACAAAACCCUUGGAAGAUCUCACUUAUCAUUCGAAGGCAUGGAGCAGGUGGUAAUGGACAUUGAGAGAAACUUGAAUAAUCGGCCGUUGACAUAUGUGGAAGGUGAGGCUUAG